AUGGCAGAACAAGAAAAGGAGAAGACGCAGUCAAAUGACUGGACAAAGCUGACUGCCUUCCUGGCCGGUCUGGCCUUGUACCAGCUGGCCCAUAUGGCCAUCUCUGCAGGCAACUUUUCUGUAGAAAGGUUUGGAAUAUCGAGGACAUACGUCAGCCUUUAUCUCACCAGAAUGAUUAUACCGUACAGAAUCUGCUCACUACUAGGGGUUGCGGUCUUGACCAUUUAUGAUCAGUGCGGCGGUCAUGGUAUUAACAAGAUAGCAGUUUGGCUAUUUUGGAGUGUUGUAGGAUGCUACACAACCUUGUUGCUCACUUAUUACUCCGGGGGUGAACAUGGACAUCUUACUCUCUACUACUGGAUGGUCAUAUUGACUUCAGCUAUCGUCGGUGCAGCUUUUGUCGGAAUAGUGAAGGCUGUAGGAGAUGAUAUAACCUUCCUUCUGGCUGCCUUACCAAUAUCUGGUAUUCUAGUCUCUUCCUAUCACAUUGCAUUCCUGGUGCUAUCGAGAUACAUUGGAGUUUCGAACACAUACUUUUGGCUAGUUAUCGUCCAAAUGUGCUGUGCCAUCUUCCUCAUGACCGUAACUUCCGUUCUGGUUACCAUUUAUUAUAGGGGAGAUAAUGGAGCCGGUGGAGGAGCUGGUAGUAAUAGUAGUGCUAGUGGAGGAGGAUCUGAUGGAGGUGCACCUACUGGUACUGUUCUAUCUCCCAUCCUAAUGGGUGUAAUUGGACUUGGCAUUCAGAACAUGUUCUAUCCCUCCAUAGCCCCGUAUAAGCUGAUUGGAAUGAAACUAGGAUACACGAUUGAUGUGGCAGUUUUAUUCACUAGUGCUGUACCACCAUUAGUUUUUUUGUACCUUAUAUCCACAGGAAGGGGGCCAAAUCAUCCGUGGACCAAGGGAUACGCUGCAUGGCAUGGAGCCUGGGGAUUUUUCGGAAUACAGUCGGUUUGUAGCAUAAUAUUUCUCAUUGGCCUGCACUACCCCGACAACUCCUUAUCACGGAGAAUAAGGACCGAUGUCUACCUUUUGGGAAUACUGACUAUCAUAUAUGAUGUCUGUGUGCAGAUAUUAAAGGCUGUGAAUAUGAGUUCAGUUGAUAAACAAGGAAGCAAGGAGAGUAACAGCAAAAUGGACACUCUCAACACAUUCCUCUAUUCUUCCUCCCAGGUCAUAUUUGCGUUCCUUGGAGAUGGAUACCUAAAAACAUAUUCCCAAUUUGAGCAUGAUAGAGAUAAAUGGCCCACAAACCAUUAUGGUGUGUUAAGAGCAUUCUGGUACUGGACUUGGAACACAAACAAGGUGGCGAUAAAAAGUGUUGGAACUGCCUUUACCAGAGAUGUUAGAGCUCAGAUUGUUGUUAAAAAUGAAGCUCUCUUUAUUUUAUAUACUGAUGACACUGAUAAUAGUAGCGAACCUAUGACGAAAAAUCCUACAGUAAUGAAGAUUGUUUAUGACAUAUAACUGUGGCAAACAUUUUUCAAUUUAACGCCACCAUAAAUGCAGUAUUUUCACAACUUGUUGCCCUAACUUAUUUCAUCAUUUUAUACUGGAAAAUUGUCAAAGGUUUGUUGGAUCGAUCAUAGAUGACAUGAUCCGUGUUAACCUAAUAACACUCUGGAUACACACAACAACUUAUAUAUUCUCUAA